AUGAACCCUACAGCUAAAGUCGUUGUUGUUGCAUUAGAAGGUUGCCACGGUUGUGGCAAAACCACUUUAUGCAAAGAGUUUCAAGUACAGGGUUAUGACAUUCUAAAUGAAGCAUUUGUGGAUAUGCCAAUGUAUGCACUUCAUCCACAGUCUCUUCUUAUGGAGACGUCGUGGGUUUGUUCUUGGUUUGAGCGUGUCUUGCGCCUUGCAAGAUAUGUGAAGCCUGGUUCCAAACAGGUUUUUAUUGCUGAUCGCUCGCCCUUUAGUGCCGUGCUCUACUCUGCCAACGGUCACUUGCUGGAGCCUAUUAUACGAGAACAAAUGAAAGAAGUACAAGAGUGUGCUGGUGUACACUUCUAUACAGUCCAUGUACAAGUAGAACGUGAGCUACUGUGGCAUCGCAUCUGUGCGCGGCUUCAAUUAGAACCGGAACGGCUGUGCCUUAAUGAGCACAAACGCGAGUGGAUGGAAGAAACGCUGGCCUUUUACGAAAAGUUUACAUGGGACUUGGCAGUGUCAAAUGACAACCACAGUGUGGCAGCAGUUGCUGAGACUAUCAGUCGACUGUUGAGAGACAAGGACGAUACGUUUGAGGCUGUUUACAAGUGUACAAAGCCAAGAGCAACGUCUUCUCACUUAUCAUCUACUAGUAGCAUACUCAGCACAGAUAGUGAGUGUGAAAGUACUGAAGGAGAACCAAAUGAAAAGGUAGAGUGGAACGACGAGAAGAUGACGCAGACGAAGAGCAUUAUUGCGUUCAACAACAUUCCAUCUAUGGACUAA